AUGUCAACAAUCACUUUAACAAAAGAAUCUCAUAAGAAUCCCUCGAAAUUCAGAAUUAGCUACCAGGAAUCUAAAGGUAUCUUAGGCGAAGAGGAAACGUCAAGGCAUAACAUCAAUGAACAAUUGCCAACUCUUUAUUCAUCUUCCAAAGUUGCCAUUAUAGGUGCUGGUUUUGGUGGUAUUGGUGCUGCAAUCAAGACUCAAAAGGAUUUAAAAGAGUCUGAUUAUGUGAUUUUUGAGAGACACGACAACUUUGGUGGUACUUGGUACGCCAACACCUACCCCGGCUGUGCUUCCGACAUUCCGGCUCUUUGGUACUCAUACUCGUUUGCGUUGACCACAAACUGGAGCAGAGUUCAGCCACCGCAGUACGAGAUGGAGGAAUAUAUGUUGAGAAUUGUUGACCAAUUCAAAUUGAGAGAAAAGGCAAAGUUUCAAAUAUAUAUCGACAAGUGCGUCUUUGACGAAGAUUCUGGCUUGUGGACUUUGUAUGCACACAAUGUCAAGACUGGGCAAAAGUUGGAGCAUAAAGCCAAGGUUCUUGUUGGAUGUACCGGCGAGUUGGUUUAUCCUAACCAAUUGAAUUCCAAAGGGUUGGAAAAUUUCAAGGGAGUCUAUAUGCAUUCGGCUCUCUGGGACCAUUCGGUUGAUUUCAGAGGCAAGAAAGUUGUUGUAGUUGGUAAUGGUUGUUCUGCAAACCAAGUUGUUCCACCAUUGUUGAAUGAUCCACAGUAUAAUGUUGGUUCCAUUGUGCAAAUUGCAAGAUCAAAACAUUAUAUCAUGCCGCCAAUCCCAAAAGUCUUGUUUUGGCUUUAUGGUUUAUUGUGUUCCAACUACUACGGUUUGCUUUUUGUUCGUUAUUUUGCCAUUUUCUUUGGCGAGAUGAAGUUCCCAUUGUUUAAGGGAGAUGGGUUCGUCUCUAGGUUUCUCCGUCGUUCCAACACAGCAGCUUCAAUUAAUUAUGUAAAGAGUAAUGUCCCCAAAGAAAUUCAGGACAAACUUAUUCCGGACUACAAGAUUGGAUGCAAGAGAUUGAUUUUGGAUUACAAGUAUGUCCCGAGCUUGAAUGAUCCAAGAGUUGAAGUUACAAAUGAAGGUAUCAAGGAAGUAGUUGAAAAUGGAGUUGUUCUUACUGAUGGAAGGUUUGUUCCUGCUGACAUUAUUGUUGCUUGUACUGGGUACAAGGUGUCCAAGUCUUUUACAUUACCAGUUUUCACCAAGAGCGGAGAGUCGUUGGCCAAUGUAUGGAAAGAUGGAGUCAGUGCGUACCGUACCUUGUUGGUUAAAAAGAUUCCAAAUUUCUUCAUUAUUGGUGGUCCAAACUGCAUUACUGGUCAUUCAUCUGUGGUUAUGGCUAUUGAAAAUGGUAUUGACUAUUAUUUAAAGGUUGCCAAACCGGUGCUUCAAGGUAAGAAAAAGUCGGUUGUUGUUAAACCUGAGGCAUAUGAUAAUUGGUUCACCACCAUACAAAAAGAGAUAAAAAAGAGUGUAUUUGGUACAGCUUUCGGUGGUUGUGUUUCUUGGUAUUCAAAUGGUGCAGUGAACAGUACAUCAUACCCUUGGAGUCAGGUUUGGUACUGGUACGCUACUCAUUUCCCCAACUACAAAGAUUUGGUUUAUGAGCCAGUUGAGGAAACCAAAAAGAUGAUUUAA